AUGGAGGCACUCGGAGUCUUGCUUCCCCGCCACGGCGACGACAACAUGGGCGCCGACAUGGACAUGAUGGGACCGAUGGGUGGAGGCGGCAUGUCAAUGGGUGGUCUUUCGCCCGCUGGUGUCGACUUCUCCAACGAGACUCAGGCUUUUGAUUUCCUGGCCAAGAUUUUGAAUGAUGACGAGCUGAAGGUGAUUGGCAAUGCUCACGCCCGCUACUUCUGGUACGGCAUUGCGGCUGUGGUGGGUUUGGGGUGUCUUGUCAAUCUGGCGAGAAUCAUGACCCUACGGCUGAGACUACGUGCGGCGGCCCAGAAACGAGUCCAGCCUGCCAGGCCACGAGGCCUCUUCGCUACGACCAUGGCCACGCUGGCUGCGAUUGCGCGGGAAUUGACAUAUCUACAACUUCCAUCUUCUGCCCGGUUCAAGUACCUCGGACUUCCGCCUGCCGGCACCAUCAUACUUGUUUUGGCCCACUUUGUGUUUGUUCUGGUCCUUGAAUUCGCCAAUAACAACGUUCCUGGUGCUCAGUUCUGGCAGGCUCGUGGCGUGCGAGCGGGCUGGCUCGCCGUUGCACAAACACCCCUCUUGAUCCUACUGGUUGGCAAGUACAACAUCAUCGGCUGCCUGACUGGUGUGUCCUACGAACGCAUCAAUGUCCUCCACCGUUGGACUGCCCGAAUUAUGCUCUUCCUGGCCAUUUUACACUUUGGCUAUUCCUCCUUUGGAUGGCAGAAGUACGGGUUGAUGAAGCUCGAAUGGAAGACCGAUACCUGCCCGCCAACGGGUAUUGCAGCAUUCGCCUUGUUGCUGUGGCUCAACCUCAGCACUCUACCCUUCUUCCGCCGGCUAUCCUACGAGUUCUUUGUCGUCCAGCAUUUACUUUCGUUCUUCGGCUUCAUCAUCGCUCUGACAUACCAUCUGCCGACUACCGCGCCGAUAUCACGGACGUAUGUCUACAUCCCAAUCGGUCUGUGGUUCGUGGACCGCCUGAUCCAAUGGACGGUCACUUUUGUCCGCUCGUGGAGUCUUACGGCUACCAUCACCUGCCUCGAUGGAGAUGCUACCAAGAUUCGACUGUCAAAGAGGAACCUGAAGCAUUGGUCUCCUGGAUCAUUCGUACUACUCUCGAUUCCACGCUUUGGCAUGGUCCAAAGCCACCCCGCCACCAUUCUUUCCACGCCAGAGUCUCACGGUGGUGACAUGGUGUUUAUCCUCAAAUGCCACAAAGGCUUCACCAAGCGGCUGAUGAGUGGCGCCAACGAUUCCACCACCGCCUUGUUGCCCCAAACGAAGGAAGAGACUCGUCUCUCCCAAGUCAUCACCCAUCGCGCCUUCAUCAACGGACCCUAUGGCGGCUCGCAGUCUGACUUUGCCGCCUUUGACUCGGUCUGUCUGAUUGCCGGAUCCACCGGCGUUACCUUCACCUUGUCCCUGCUACAAGGUAUCGCCGAUAAAGCCGCCGCCGGGCAACUUCUCCCUCUCCGUCGUGUCCACUUUGUGUGGUGCGUGAAAGACUCGAACUGGACGAGAUGGUGCAAUGAUGAAGUCGGAUCUGCCGUUACUCGAUUGCGCGACGCCGGCGUGGAAAUUGACGUCAGCGUCUUCGUCACCUGCGCCGACAGCUUUACGGAGCAAGGCGGUGAGCCAAAGGAGUGUGGGUGUGCUUGCGACAAGAGUCUGGGACCUUGCUGCUGCGUCUUGGUGGAUGAGGAUGAUGAAGAAAUCGUCGAAAAGGAUGGAAAGGUGGUAGCGACGACGACUACCAUCCGCGAGGGAGCGACGCGACUGCAAAUGCUCCCUUGCGCCUCCUUCUUCUCCGGUCGGCCCGAUGUGCGCGGAAUUCUCGUGGACCUCCUCGAUGGCGCUGACGGCGAGUCGGCCGUUGCUGUCUGCGGGCCGGAGACGAUGAGCUCGAGUGUGAGGAAUAACGUUGUACGACUUUCCGAUGAGAGGGCGAUCCAUAAAGGCACGGGGGCGCAGGGCUGCUACUUGCACGUCGAGGCAUUUUCGCUCGGCUGA